AUGUCGGCGCAAGUUAUCACCAACUCUGGUCAUGAGGACAUGAUUCAUGAUGCUGUCCUCGAUUACUACGGGCGCAAGCUAGCUACCUGCUCUGGCGACAAGACGAUCAAGAUCUUUGAGAUUGAGGGCGAAACCCAGCGAUUGAUCGAGACGCUCAAGGGACAUGAGGGUGCCGUCUGGUGUGUCGCUUGGGCGCAUCCCAAGUACGGUAACAUCCUCGCAUCGGCUGGCUACGAUGGCAAGGUAUUCAUCUGGAAAGAGCAGGGCGGACAGAACAACGCGUGGCAGCGAAUUUACGAUUUCAAUCUACACAAGGCCUCGGUCAACGUCGUUUCGUGGUCUCCCCAUGAGGCUGGCUGUCUGCUAGCAUGCGCCUCCUCCGACGGCAACGUGAGCGUUCUCGAGUUCAAGGAUAACAGCAUCGACCACACCAUCUUCCCCGCCCACGGUCUCGGCGUCAACUCUGUCUCCUGGGCUCCCGCUACUACCCCUGGAAGCAUCGUCAGCAGCGCGCCUGGUCCUGGUGCUACCGGCAACCGACGGUUCGUUUCUGGCGGCAGCGACAACGUCCUCAAGAUCUGGGCUUUUGAUGCUGCUUCUCAGACCUACAAGCAAGAGCGCGAGCCCCUGACUGGACAUACCGAUUGGGUUCGUGACGUUGCCUGGUCGCCUACUGUCCUCCAAAAGUCCUAUAUCGCUUCUGCUUCGCAGGACAAGACGGUCCGUAUCUGGACAUCCGACCCCUCAAACCCCACCCAGUGGGAGUCCAAGGUUCUCAACUUUGAGGCGGCUGUGUGGCGAGUUAGCUGGUCGCUCAGCGGCAACGUGCUGGCGGUAAGCGGACAGGACAACAAGGUGUCGUUGUGGAAGGAGAACCUCCGAGGCGAGUGGGAGUGCGUCAAGACGAUUGAGGAAUAG